UGUAACUAAAUAAGACUGACAAAUUCAUUUUAUACAAAAUAUUGAGCAUCUGAAAAAUAUUUUGAGUCUGGACUCGGAGCUGAUCACGACUUGGCCUGAAACUGGGACGAGUUAAGCUGAAAAUGCAAGUAGUAAUCCUACUUGUGUACUUCCUACGCUUUUGUUCAUCGCUGCCCCUACCUCUAGUUCAUUCUGGUGGACAAAAGUGGACGAGUCGAGAUAUUUUAAGUCAAGGAAGGGUUAAGUGGGAAGAGACUUCUAAUCAAGGUAGAGUGAAGAGCGAAGAGAUUUCGAGCCCAGAUGGGGUGAAGAGUCGAGAAAUUUUCGGCCCAGAAGGGGUGAAGAGUCAAGAAAUUUCCGGCCCAGAUGGAGUGAAGAGUCGAGAAAUUUCCGGCCCAGAUGGCGUGAAAAGUCGAGAGAUUUCCGGCCAAGAGAAAGUGAAGAAAGAAGAGAUUUCUGGUCAAAGGUUGAAAAGGGAAGUGUUCCUAGCAGAAGGGUUAUCAUGGGCGCCGGAUUCUGCAUCGCAAAGAGAAUCUGUUGGAAUGAUCGAAGAAUCUAUCAGCUCUGCCGAUGACAAGACGACAUUUUUCGAUCAAAAUAACGUGUACCAGAAUGAACGUCGACUAGCCGACAUUCAGCACCAGAUUGGCAUACGUCAGAAUGCGUUCUACCAGAGAAGCGGCAUUCACGACCCGAAUGGGCACUACCAGAGGAACGACAUUCAUGAUUCGAAUGGGCACUACCAGAGAGACGGUAUUCACGACCCGAAUGGGCACUACCAGAGAAGCGGCAUUCACGACCCGAAUGGGCCUUACCAGAGGAACGACAUUCACGACCCGAAUGGGCCCUACCAGAGGAACGACAUUCACGACCCGAAUGAUCACUACCAGAGGAACGGUAUUUACGAAUCGAAUGGACACUACCAGAGGAACGGUAUUCACGAAUCGGAUGGACACUACCAGGGGAACGGUAUUCACGAAUCGGAUGGACACUACCAGAGGAACGGUAUUCACGAAUCGGAUGGACACUACCAGAGGAACGGCAUUCACGAAUUGAAUGGACACUACCAGAGGAACGGCAUUCACGAAUUGAAUGGACACUACCAGAGAAACGGCAUUCACGAAUCGAAUGGGCACUACCAGAGAAACGGCAUUCACGAAUCGAAUGGGCACUACCAGAGAAACGGCAUUCACGGACCGAAUGGGCACUACCAGAGGAACGGCAUUCACGGACCGAAUGGGCACUACCAGAGGAACGGCAUUCACGGACCGAAUGGGCACUACCAGGAAAAUAGCCUUAACAACUCCAAUGCAACUUACAAUUACGAAGAUUACCAGAGAAGCAGUAUUCAUGGCUCAAGUGCCAUUUACCCGAAUUGGCACUACAAGGGGAGCCACAUUCAGGAGUCAGAUGCCAUGCACGAGGAAAAUAACUACAGAAGAAUGAGCCCUCACGAUCCGAAUGACAUGCAUCGGACUUACGAGGGUCGAAAAACGAAUAUUCACGACCAGAAUAGCAGCUAUCAGACUGUGAACCUCCCGGGAAAGAAUAUUUAUAACCAGAACAGCAGGUACCGGCCUGUGGAGCACCAGGAAACGAAUAUUUAUGACCAGGACAGCAGGCAUUGGUCUGUGAAGCGCCAGGGAACGAAUAUUUACGGCCAGAACAGCAGGCAUCGGCCUGUGGAGCAACAGGUAACGAAUGGUUACGGCCAGAACAGCAGCUAUCGGACAGUGGAGCAACAGGGAACGAAUAGUUACGACCAGAACAGCAGGUAUGGGCCUGUGGAGCAUCAGGUAACGAGUAGUUACGAUAGGAACAGCAGGUAUGGAACUGAGGAGCGACUGGGAACAAAUAUUUACGACCAGAACAGCAGGUAUCAUACUGAGGAGCGACAGGGAACAAAUAGUUACGACCAGAACAGCAGGUAUCGGACUGAGGAGCGACAGAGAACGAAUAGUUACGACCAGAACAGCAGGUAUCGGACUGAGGAGCGACAGAAAACGAAUAGUUACGACCAGAACAGCAGGUAUCGGACUGAGGAGCGAAAAGGAACAAAUAGUUACGACCAGAGCAGCAGGUAUCAGACUGUGGAGCGACAGAGAACGAAUAUUUACCACCAGAACAGCAAGUAUCAGCCUAUGAAGCCUCAGGGAACGAGCAUUCACGACCACAACAGAAGUUAUCGGCAUGAGGACCGCCCGGGAGUAAACAUUCACGACCAGAACAGCAGGUAUCGGACAGAGGAGCGUCAGGGAGUGAACAUUCACGACCAGAACAGCAGGUUUUGGACUGCGGAGCGUCAGGGAAUGAAUAUUUACGACCAGAACAGCAAGUAUCCGCAUUUGGAGCCUCAGGGAACGAGCAUUCACGACCAGAACAGAAGGUACCGGCCUGAGGAGCGCACGGGAGUGAACAUUCACGACCAGAACCGCAGGUAUCUUACUGGGGAGCGAGAGGUAGUGAACGUUCACGACCAAAGGAACCUGUAUCGGAAGGGUUAUCGUCCUGCUCCUGCUGGCAAGAAUAUGAGGAAAAGCCUCAGAAAAUACGAGCUAGUUUCUCGUCAGGGACACGAAUUAUACGCAUCAACGGAAAAAUCUAAAUCGUUCGCUAAUGAUCAAUCGAUAGGUUUUAUUAACACUAAUUCAUUGGAAUUUGAUCUCAACCGACACAUAUAUGACCCCUUCUCAAUCGCCAUGUCAAAGUGGCUGAAUUCUGGUGAUGUUUCUAAGCAACCAACCGGCAUCGGUAGAUAUAACCUACAAUCUUCGAUUUCAGGAGAACAGAGGGAAAACCACCAGACUGUUGGCAGUUCACUGAAUUUCUAUUCACAGUCAACCUUGAGAACUCCACCACGAUAUGAACAAACUUCACCUCCUGCAAUUGACACGAAAUACGCGGAUGACCAUCGCAAUAGUAACGGAAGAACGACCACUACAUCGAUGAGCGCUACUUCAUCGAUGAGCGCUACUCCAUCCGUGACAGUCGAAGCGUCUACCUCUGUUGCUGUUCUCGAAUUGAAGUCUUCGACCAAUGUUGAAUUGUCCCCAGCCACCACUCAUGUCGGCGAGUCGACAACUAUCGAAUCGUUCAAGGCCACUGCCGCUGCUUUCUCCAGGGAGUCGACAUAUGUUGAAUCGUCCAAAGCCGAUGUCGCUCAUGCCAGCGAGUCGACCACUGUUGAAUCGUUCAAUGCCACAGCUCUUGUCAGCGAGUCACCCACUGUUGAAUCGUUAAAUGCUGCCGCUCUAGGCAGCAAGCCGACCACUGUUGAAUCGUUCAAAGCCGAUGUCGCUCAUGCCAGCGAGUCGACCACUGUUGAAUCGUUCAAAGCCGAUGUCGCUCCUGCCAGCGAGUCGACCACUGUUGAAUCGUCCACAGCCGAAGUCGUUCCUGCCAUCGAGUCAACCACUGCUGAAUCAUUCAAUGCACCAGCUCUUGCCAGCGAGUCGACCACUGUUGAAUCGUCUACAGCCGAUAUCGCUCAUGCCAGCGAGUCGACCACUGUUGAAUUGUCCACAGCCGAUGCCGCUCAUGCCAGCGAGUCGACCACUGUUGAAUUGUCCACAGCCGAUUUUGCUCGUGCCAGUGAGUCGACCACUGUUGAAUCGUUCAAUGCUGCUGCUCUUGCCAGCGAGUCGACCGCUGUUGAAUCGUUCAAUGCUGCUGCUCUUGCCAGCGAGUCGACCACUGUUAAAUCGUACACAGCCGAUGUUGCUCAUGCCAGCGAGUCGACCACUGAUGAAUCGUUCACAGCCGGUGUUGCUCAUGCCAGCGAGUCGACCACUGUUGAAUCGUCCACAGCCGAUGUCGCUCUUGCCAGCGAGUCGACCACUGUUGAAUCGCUCAAUGCCGCCGCUCUCAUGCCAGCGAGUCGACCACUGUUGAAUCGUCCACAGCCGAUGUCGCCCUGCCAGCGAGUCGACCACUGUUGAAUCGCUCAAUGCCGCCGCUCGUGCCAGCGAAUCGACCACUGUUGAAUCGUUCAAUGCUGCCGCUCUUGCCAG